AUUUGAACCCAGGUCUGGGGGGGGGGACUCUGCAUUCCCUUGUGUGGAAUCUGUGGAGACACCCAAGCUCUCCUAGAGCUGUGAUGUUGUCUAAAAGCACAUUGACUCUAGUCACAGUGACUAAGAGAAACUGUGACUCCUCCCAAGAGGAUCCAUGAGUGUGACUGUAAACUCUUUGAUUACCUUAAAGGUAAACCGAUCUAUGCUGUAUCUCUUCCUGUUCUAGGACACUUGUGUUCUGACUGGAGUGAUUGAGGUUGGAUGGCUUCGGAAUGUUAUUUAACUGAGUCAUUCGCUUGUCGUAGAACAUACUAAAUCACUCUCGAAAAUGAAAGUACUAUCUGUUUUGAUCAGACAUGGAAAUCAGUGCUAAAAACAAAUUAAAAGAAGAUGGUGAACAAGCUAUGAAGUUGCCAACGGCACCCAGACCUUCCCAGUAAAUACAACAGUGCAAUUUGAGAUUCCAGAGCGGGGCGACUUCUGGGAAAGCUUCUAGAGUGGAGCAACUGAUCAACCAAACUAAACUGAGCUCUCCCCCCCCCCCCCUCAUUCCUGAAUCCUCGGGGCUGCUAGCUUACGCUGACGACAUUUUUGGCACCUGCUCUUUUUUUUCUCCCUCUACAGAGUUUUAGGAGUUUCCACCCCUCUACUACCCUAUCCUUGUCCCUCUUCUACCCAACUCCUGGCAGAAGUGUAGCUCCAUGAGCUAAGUCCUGAUUUAUAAUUAUGACCACCAUUGAAGAUGCAGUAGUAUAUCAGUGUCUGUUUUUUUGGCCUCAGAGCGAAAAAGGAAUAAGCAAGUAGUUGGACUUGAGAGAAGAUGUCAGAGUACUAGACACAUCUGUCUGUUUUUCUGACUGUUGCGGACUCUCUUUUGUUCAGGAAGUUCCCCUUUAGGAGAAAAACAUAUCAACAAGCGGACGUGAAUAACAGUAAUUCCCUACUGCGUCUUUUCGGACUCGCUACAUACCUCCUGCCAAAAAGACCAUACGUCUUGCUGUUCCUUUAAUUAAAAGAGAAAGAGAAGAUAAGUUUACUCAAGGGCAGGUGGGAGAGAAUCUAGAACACUGAUGUCAUAAAUCGUGGUGGAUAACGAUUGGCCUGGUUAUAACAUACAUAACCAUGACUGGCAGUUCAUGUAGAAUAAGUAUUUUUUUUAGUUUUACAAUAGCACCUGAUUGUGCACUAUGGCUGGGCUUGUGGAAUAAGUAAGACUGUACGAAAAACUCUUAUAGACACAAUGGCUGGAAUUGAAGAAUAAGAAGUAAGGGAUAAGAAACCGUCUUUCGGACCUUUCUAAGAAAGCCGAUUUAGUACUCUCUGAACUCUACAGUCACAGACAUACAUUCAACCAAAAAAAACAACAAAGACCCUAGGAAAAGGGUCGUAGCCUUCUACAAUCCCCCAAUAGCUCCUCCAGUUUUCAACAUUUCCCUAGUGUCUCCUUGCCCCUCAGUGAGCAAGGAUGUCCGGCAGCAGUCACUCCCAACACUGUUCUUAGUUGUUGUCACAGCUUCAACAGAAGCAUCAGGAAGGAUCCUUCGUCAGUCAGGAUGUCUAAUGAGUGCCCGACGGAGUGCAAGGCGGUGGUGACGCCGUCGACGCGCAACGGCCACCGCGUCUUCAGCUACACGCUGGAGAGCCACACGGCGGCCGCCUUCGCCAUCAUGAACGAGCUGCGGCUGGACGGCCAGCUGUGCGACGUGACGCUUCGUGUGUGCUACAACGACCUGGAGGCCGUGGACUUCGUGGCACACAAGGUGGUGCUGGCAUCGUCCUCUCCGGUCUUCAGAGCCAUGUUCACCAACGGCCUGAAGGAGUGUGGGAUGGAGGUGGUGCCCAUCGAGGGGAUACACCCCCGGGUGAUGGGCAGGCUGAUAGAGUUUGCCUACACGGCCAGCAUCUCUGUUGGGGAGAAGUGUGUGAUCCACGUCAUGAACGGCGCCGUCAUGUACCAGAUCGACAGCGUGGUCAAGGCCUGCUGCGACUUCCUGGUCACGCAGCUGGACCCUAGCAACGCCAUCGGCAUAGCCAGCUUCGCCGAGCAGAUCAGCUGCACGGAGCUCCAUCAGAAAGCUCGGGAAUAUAUCUACAUGAACUUCAGCCAGGUGGCGACCCAGGAGGAGUUCUUCAACCUCUCCCAAUGCCAGCUGGUCACUCUCAUCAGCCGCGACGAACUCAACGUGCGCUGUGAGUCUGUGGUCUUUCAGGCUUGUGUGGCGUGGGUCCGGUACGACCGGGAGAACCGGCGGCCCUACGUCCAGGCCCUGCUCCAGGCCGUGCGGUGCCACUCCCUCACCCCACACUUCCUCCAAGCCCAGCUGCAGUCUCUGGAGUGGGACGACCAGUGUAAAGACUACCUGGCUCAGAUCUUCCAGGACCUCACCCUCCACAAGCCCACCAAGGUGAUCUCGUGCCGCACGCCCAAAGUGCCCCAGCUCAUCUACACGGCAGGGGGAUACUUCCGUCAGUCCCUGUCCUAUCUGGAAGCCUACAACCCCUGUACUGGGGCCUGGCUGAGGCUAGCUGACCUUCAGGUCCCCCGGAGUGGCCUGGCUGCCGUGGUCAUCUCUGGGCUGUUCUACGCUGUCGGAGGAAGGAACAACGCUCCUGACGGGAAUAUGGACUCCAACACGUUGGAUUGUUAUAAUCCCAUGAACAACUGCUGGUUGCCUUGUGCUCCCAUGAGUGUACCCAGGAACAGGAUAGGAGUGGGGGUGAUUGACGGGAUGAUCUAUGCUGUCGGAGGGUCGCAUGGAUGUAUUCAUCAUAACAGCGUGGAGAGGUAUGACCCAGACAGGGACCAGUGGCACCUGGUGGCCCCCAUGUUGACACGGCGUAUCGGGGUGGGCGUGGCGGUCAUCAACCGGCUGCUGUACGCGGUGGGCGGGUUCGACGGCACACACCGCCUCUCCUCCUCAGAGUGUUAUAACCCAGAGAGGGAUGAGUGGAAGAGCAUGGCUGCCAUGAACACUGUGCGCUCUGGGGCAGGUGUGUGUGCGCUGGGGAACCGUAUCUACGUGAUGGGGGGCUACGACGGCACCAACCAACUGAACACAGUGGAGCGCUACGACGUUGAGACUGACACCUGGAGCUUUGCAGCCUCCAUGAGGCACCGACGCUCUGCCCUGGGGGUCACCGCGCACCAUGGGAAGAUCUAUGUACUGGGAGGUUAUGACGGGAACACAUUCCUGGACAGCGUGGAGUGUUAUGACCCGGAGACGGACACGUGGUCGGAGGUGACCCGCAUGAUGUCGGGCCGCAGUGGCGUGGGCGUGGCCGUUACCAUGGAGCCCUGCCAAAAGGACCUGGCCCAGUGUCUGAAGCAUGAGAGGACGGAGGUCACUGGCGGUUGUGAGGGUGUUAGUUUGGGGUGUUCAGGGACAGGAGGGGACUCUGGAUCGCACCAUAACUCCAGACACGGUGCCUUCGGCAAGGGAACUUGAGUCGUACGCUCUCCACCAUCCCUGGCUCAGUCCUCUUCAGUCUUCCAUGGAAAAGCGCCCCGCCUUGAAUAGAAGACAGAAACACAGGUCUUCUGAAAAACACAAGAUCACAGAGGCCCUCCCUAGCCAUGUUGGUUUCACACAACUUCAGUCAUAUGUGACAAGUUGUUUAAUGAUAAAUUGUAUAUAGUUUAUGAUCUAGCACGUCGAUUCACUCACUGUUCCCGUGAUAACAAUGCAGAUGGGCAAAGUCAUAGAAAUAGGAGUUCUAGAUCGUUUAAUCUGUUCAAAUCUACUUCUAUGUGCUCCAUCCCAUACCACCACAGUAGCACUAUAGCGCCCUCUUGGACCACUGUUUCCCUGGUCUACACCAAGAGGAGAAAGGGCUGUACAAUAUAUUUGAAAGGCUACUAACUAACCUCUGUCUACUAAAUUAGUAGUCACUUUUUUUCUAUUUCAAGACCAGCCUGUGCAGAUAAACCAAAUAUUUUGGGGAGGGGAAGAAAUAUACAAAAUUGCAUACCUUCAAACAACAAGAAAGUGUAAGACAAAGUACCUUUUGCUGAGAAUUUUCCUGAACAGCAGUAAAUGCAAACUUGUAGUGUAUUCAAGGUUUAAAAAGGCUUCUAAAGUUUGAAUUUUCCACUAAAAAUGUUAGAUUUGAUUUUACCUAAUGAAAAAUGUAUCAACCCUACACAAAAAUGACCCUUAAUUAUAAUCCACAUAAUUCACAUUUCCUGUUGCUGAAGGAUUAUUUUCCUACUGUAGCAACCUGGCUCAAAUUAAAGAUCCUACAUCUGUAGUACUUUUGGCAAAGUCUGUGGACAAAUGGGGAAUUUUAGGGUUUUCCUAAUAGAAGUGCCAUUACUAUGCCUGCUGGCAUGAUUACCACCACCAGUAUACAGACCACUCUCUGGUGGCAAGAAAGCAUGUUGGUGCUUGGGCCAAGGGUUGGAGACUUAGCCUACAGUGGUCGAAGUAGGCCUAGAGAGCCCAAGACUGAGUCGCAAACCAACCAUAAAGAAUUUGUGGGAUGGGAAUGUACUGAAAAGUGUUUAGAGUAGGGAACUCACAAGGACCGCCCACAAGGACAAAAGAAGUGUCAAUUAAUUUUCAAACAUUACACACAAAUAUAUCUCCAAUCUCCCCCCUGCGAUUGCUUUUGGGUUUUAACAAUCGUACACACCUGCCCAAACCACGGGUCAAGUGACCAUUGUUGUGCAUUAAGUCACAUUUGAUAAUGUCACUAAAUGGGAAGAUAAGAAGAAAAGGGCUGAAUCCCAAAUGGCACCCUAUUCCCUAUGUCGUGCACUACGUUUGACCAGAGCCCUAUGGACCCUUAUCAAGAGUAGUGCACUAAAUAUUUCCUGAUGACUCGUACUGAAUUGAAUUCCGCUGCUCUCUCGAUGGAGAAGGAAUGUCAGUGGGCCGGAGCCUGCCAAAACUAAAUUGGGAAUAGAGUGCUAUUCAGUACAGGCUACUUAAAGAAAUGUAUUUGUAACAGCGGUUUAAUUAAACUACAAAGGUUUUUUUAAGUGAUGUUUUGUACAUUGAUAUUAUAUUCCAAUGGAGUCUUGUACAGAAGAAUUUAAGACCUGAGGUUUUUUAUUUAUUAAUUUUGUCCUUUUUUUCUGGUUUGCUUUGACUGACUACGACUUUGUAUUACUAUUGGACUCUGAUAUUGUUCUCCUGCUAAUGAGAAGCAUGCAUUGUAUUUAGGCAUGCCUGUUGAAUGCCUACAUUUGUAAAGAAAGGUUGCCUCUUUUGAAAGGGACUUUUUUUCCUCUUCUUAGUAGUUAAAGAAAUAGAAUAUUUAAAGAAAUGCUUUGUACAUUUUUCAGCAAACAAACACUGUACAAAACACAUUGUAUAUUAAAAUAUGAUUAUUUUAA